UCGAUUAUCAGUGCGGUCGGUGCGGGGUUUCGGCCAUCUCUGAGUUGCUUUUCACCUGCCCUCCUAAUAGGAGGCGACGGUCAAUUUUCUCCUGCUCCUUAACAACGCAGUUUCUCUCCUGUCACCGGAUUUAGAACUGAUUUUCUCUUCUAGGAAGUGUCGGCCACUGCCGUUCUGGAAAGGUGGGCGUGCGUGCUGACGCACAAUGGCCUCACACAUGGAUGAUGAAGACCGCGAUAACUACUCAGACGAGGAGACUGACUCGCUGAAUGAUCUCAAAGCAACUUCGCCGACGCCCGAGUUGAAAGCAUGGGAUUUGUUUCGCGUGUUGCCGCCGGCCAAGGAUCUGACCGCGGCCGAGAGCGAAGCCAGGGUAAAUGCCGUUCUCCGCUGGGUAAAAUUGCUCGUCUGCAUCGUCGUCUUUGUCAUCGUGCUCGGCAGCGGAAUCAUUGCCAAAGGAACGAUUUUCUUCAUGGCCACGCAAACAAGCCAAUCGCAACGUCUGGAAGUGUGCAACAGAAAACUCGAUCCGACCGGUCAGAGAAGAUACGAAGUGACAUUGCCUGUCGAGACCCGCAUCGCGUGGACGUGGGUGCUCUUCUUCGCGCUUAUCGUGCCGGACGUGUUGACAUUCCUGCGGUCAGCCCGCAUGUGUGUGUUCAAAAGCUUCAAAAAGCCAUCUUGGCUGGAUUUUGCGACUGUGCUAAUCGCGGAAACACUUCACACGAUUGGAGUAGGCAUUCUCGCCUUUGUCGUUUUCCCCGAGCUCGACGUGGUGAAGGCGGCGAUGCUGACCAACUGCGUCUGCCUCGUGCCCGGAAUCCUGGGUUUGCUGUCGGAGCGCGGAUCCGUGAACAAAACUUUGCUCCGGAUAGCAUUCGAUCUUCUCGCUCUGGCCGCACAGGUGACUGGCCUUGUUGUCUGGCCGCUGGUGGAACACGGUGGAAAUGGAAAUUCACUUUGGUUCAUUCCACUCGGGCUCUUCCUCGUUUCUUUCGGCUGGUGGGAGAACUUUGUUAGCAAACACGCAGCCCUCGGGGUUAUGCGGCACAUCGCGCAGAUCAAGGAGCGAGCAAAGAAGUGGCGCUAUUUCACCUACCUCUUCAUUUCCGUGUGGAAAAUGAUCGUGCUUUUCAUCACUAUGAUUAUUGUGUGGACCGUGCACACCAACGAUGCUAACAAACUUUUCGAUGGCUUCAUAGACGGUUUUACUAACCACGCUAUUAACGCUACUGAGGUAGAAAUGGUGAACAGCACGUCGAGCAUCGUGACCAAGGAGUACGUCAUGAUGGAGGUUUGGUACAAUUCGCCGUUGUGGGUGCUGCUGAUCCAGGCGGCGUCGGCCCAUCUGUGCUACAUCACGGCCAAGUACGCGUGCCGCAUCAUGAUUCAGGGCUUCAGCUUCGCUCUCGCGGUCACCAUCACCGUGCCUAUGACCAUCUCGGUGGCCGUGGUGCUGUGCGGACUCAAGAGCAUCGACGCCUGCUACUUCUACAACGUCAUUCCGGACUACCUGUUCUUCCGCAUGCCGCCCUACGCCGAUCUCGGCGAAUUCCUCUCCAAGCAGCAUGCCUGGAUCUGGCUGGUUUGGUUAGCCUCGCAGGCCUGGUUCACCACCCACAUCUGGUGGCCUAAGUGCGAGAGAUUAGCUUGUACCGAGAAACUGUUUGUUGCGCCGAUGUACAGUGCCCUUCUGAUCGACCAAUCCCUGGCCCUCAACAGACGCAACGACGAUAACGACGAUGAUGUUGCCAAGGACGCAGCGCCUAAAAAAGGUUCCAAAACCCCAUUGGAAGACUACGCGGACAACGUGUCCAUCGCGUCCAACAUGUCGGACAUGCUUGCCAACGGCUCGCCAUCGACUGACCACAUAACUCGCAUUUUCGCCUGCGCUACCAUGUGGCACGAGACCAAAGAGGAAAUGAUGGAGAUGCUCAAGUCGAUCUUCCGCAUGGACGAGGACCAGUCUGCCCGCAGGAUGGCCCAACAGUGGCUGCAGUUCAGCGACCCUGACUACUACGAGUUUGAAACGCACAUUUUCUUUGACGACGCCUUCCUGCCGCAAAAGGAAUACGGUGCGAGUGAAGGCCCGUUGGUCAACUCGUGGGUGAAGACUUUGGUUGCCACGAUCGACGAAGCAGCGAGCCACGUCCACAACACUCACGUGCGCCUUCGCGCCCCCAAAAAAGUGCCUACCCCGUAUGGCGGAAAACUGAUCUGGACUUUACCGGGAAAAACCAAGCUCGUGACGCAUCUCAAGGACAAGAACAAAAUUCGACACAAAAAGCGAUGGAGCCAGGUUAUGUACAUGUACUAUUUGCUUGGGCACCGUUUGCUGGAGAAGCGCAUUCCCGCCGAGCGCAAAGAAGUGAUCGCGGACAACACGUAUUUGCUCGCUUUGGACGGCGACAUCGACUUCCAGCCGAAUUCGGUCCAGCUGCUCGUCGACCUGAUGAAGAAGAACAACAAAUUGGGAGCCGCGUGCGGCCGCAUCCACCCAAUCGGCUCGGGGGCGAUGGUUUGGUACCAGCGGUUCGAGUACGCGGUCGGUCACUGGCUGCAAAAAGCCACCGAGCACGUGAUCGGCUGUGUCCUCUGUUCGCCGGGCUGCUUCUCCUUGUUCAGGGGCAAGGCACUCAUGGACGACAACGUUAUGAGAAAGUAUACAACCCGUUCCGAGGAGGCCAGGCACUACGUCCAGUACGAUCAAGGCGAGGACCGGUGGUUGUGCACUCUGUUGCUGCAGCGCGGCUACAGGGUGGAAUACUCGGCCGCCAGCGAUGCGUACACCCAUUGUCCGGAAGGGUUUAACGAGUUCUACAACCAGCGGCGUCGGUGGGUGCCGUCCACAAUGGCCAACAUCAUGGACCUUCUCGGCGACUACAAGCGCACUGUCCGCGUCAAUAACAACCUCUCUUUCAACUACAUGAUUUACCAGGGAUUCCUGAUGGUUGGAUCAGUCCUGGGGCCAGGAACCAUCUUCCUCAUGCUGGUGGGCGCUUUCGUCGCUGCUUUCAAGAUCGACCAAUGGUCUAGUUUCACCUACAACCUCGUACCAGUCGCGAUCUUCAUGAUAAUUUGUUAUUUCGCCAAGGAAAAGACGCAGUUGACGGCGGCGAUGAUCAUCAGUACAUUGUACGGCAUGGUGAUGAUCGCCGUGUUGGUGGGCAUCAUGAUGCAAAUCUCCGAAGACGGUCCCCUCGCUCCAUCAUCUUUGUUUUUCUUCAUAGUGUCGGGUCAAUUAAUCCUGACAGGCCUGCUGCACCCCCGAGAGAUCGGGUGCCUGCCUUUCGGAGUCAUCUACUACAUAACCGUGCCCAGCAUGUACAUGCUGCUAAUCAUCUACUCGCUUUUCAACCUAAACAAUGUGAGCUGGGGCACGCGCGAGGUGACGGUUCCUCUCAGCCAGCAGAAGCAGCAGGCUCUCGAGGCGGAGGCGAAAAAGUCGCAGAAAAAGGGCGGAGUGGCUGGUUUCCUGGACGGCUUGCGGACAAAAGCCAGCGCCUCCGACCCGGAGGACGGAGCCAUCGAGUUCUCGCUGGCCGGUCUGUUCAAGAUCAUGUGCUGCACCUACCCCAAGAUCGUGGACGAGAAGCAGCAACUGAUGCGCAUCGCCGACUCGCUCGAGGCACUCAACCGGAGGAUGGACUCUAUUGAAAGGUCAAUGGACGGCUCGGCACCCGCACUGGGCAGCAGGCGUCGUUCGUUUAGCCUGCUGCGAACAGCGGGGAGCAACGUGCCCGAAAAUUUGGCUACGUUGGUCGAGGCCAGCGAGGUGGAUGAGCAAAUGAGUGACGACAGCGAGGGCCGUUAUGCUCCAGAGGUUUCGAAAAGCGUCAGAGACGACCUCAUCGAUCCUUUCUGGACGGAGGACGACGAUUUGAAAAACGGAGGCAUCGACUUUUUGACAGACGAGGAGGAGCAGUUCUGGAAGGACUUGAUUGACAAGUACCUGUACCCGUUGGACGAGGACUUGAAACAAAAGGAACAAAUCGCGAUGGAGCUGAAAGUCCUGAGGGACAAGUCGGUGUUCGGCUUUUUCAUGCUCAACGCCAUGUUCGUCAUGAUUCUCUUCCUCAUUCAACUGAACAAAGACCUGCUCCAUCUUAAUUGGCCGCUGGGAGUCAAAAGCAACAUUAGCUUCGAGAUGAAAACUAAGGAGAUUUUUAUUGACAACGAAUACCUGGAGCUGGAACCAAUCGGAAUCGUUUUCCUCCUCUCUUUCGCGGCAUUGCUGUUGAUCCAGUUCUUGGCUAUGCUGUUGCACCGCUUCGGAACACUUUCGCACAUUUUAGCUUCGACUGAAAUGGAGUGGUACUGCACGAAAAAGGUCGACGACAUUACAGAGGAAUCGCUGAUGGUGAAACACGGCGUCGAGUUCGCCAGGGGGCUGCAGCGACUCUCGGGUCUCGGAGAGGAACCCAAGAAGAAGAAGGAUAAGGACGACGAACCUUUCGAGCGCCGCUUCACCAUCAUGGACCUGGAGCGAGAGAGCAGGAAGACGCAGCACGUCGGCUCGCUCGCCAUGACUUUCGAAACGAGGUUCACCUCCAUGGACUUUGGAUCACAAGCUAACCCGAUUAUUCGGCGACUGACCGCGCGGAGAGGAACCAUGGAGGCUUUGGCGCAUCGACGCAGCUCCGUUCUGGCCGAGAGACGCAAGUCGAUGCGAAUGGGCAGCUUCGAAAUGGGCUCCGAGUCCAUUCCGAACGAACGAAAGAGCUUCAACAGGCGGAUCGACUCGGUCGUCAGUUGGAGGGACACCGACGCGUAAUUUAUUUCCAAGCUGCGACGGCAUCAGCCGCACUACUUAUUUAUUCUGUAUUGAUCGACACGCUCAAUGAUGCUAAGGGAAAAAUGUGAUAUUUAAUCAACUGGCUGGCAGUUGAAAACAAGGAAAAUUGUUUGAAAUUUAAACAAACUCAAAAACUGUGUUAUGUGUCAAAUAAUUAAAUAAUCACGAGUUUUUUCUGUUUAUCUAGGAAUCUUAAUCACGCUAUAGCUGUAUUAUUUAUUUGAAUUAAAUAAAUUUGAAUAAUUUGAUUAAUAUAAAA